AUGAAACGGAAGGAAAGGAUUAGCCUUGAGGUGUUGGUCUCGAAUUUGGUGGGUUUUGAAGUUGUUUGGACAAUGGAUGACACUGGCGUUCACCGACCUAGGCUCGACUUGCAAGCCCAAGUCGUCGAGCUAGGCUCGACGUGCGAGCCGACAGUAGGGUUGUUGGCUUUGAUUUGGAUGGCCAUGAUGGAUAUUGGCGGUAAGGCAGCUGCUGCCAUUAGGAAAAAGAAAAGGGAUGGAUAUUGGCGGUAA